AUGAAUCCAGUCAACACCAAAGAGUACAAAUUACCAUCCAAUGCAACCUGGUUGAGUGAGUAUAUUCCCAUAACCCAAUUCAGCAACUCAAUACUAACCCCUAAAGUCACCGGCUGCUCAUCAGGCAUCGGCCGCGCGCUGGCCACCUUAAUAGCCAGCAAGCCAAACCAAUGCCUAAUAGCCACAGCCCGCACUCCAUCUAGCCUCUCCUACCUCCCCUCUACCCCCAACAUCCUCAAACUAGCCCUCGACGUAACAUCCCCCAGUUCCGUCAACGCUGCCUUCGCUGCCGCUACAGAGCACUUUGGCAAGGGUUUCCACCUCGAUGUUGUAGUUAACAAUGCAGGGUAUUCCCUUUCAGGCGACACUGAAGCUGCGACCGAGGAGGAGAUGCAUCUGGAGAUGGAGACGCUGUUUUUCGGCACCGUGAGAGUCACAACGCGUGCGGUUGAGAAUAUGCGGCAGGCAGAUGAUCAUCGAGGGGGGCUGAUUUUUAAUAUAUCAUCACUUGCUGGGUUUCUGGGGUUGCCAGGUCAUGCUUUCUACCAUGCAAGUAAAUUUGCUGUGGAGGGGUUUUCAGAGUCUGUUGCGAGGGAAAUGCAUCCGGAUUGGAAUAUCAACUUCUGUAUCGUCGAACCAGCCGGUGUCAAGACCGAAUUCGAAGGCCACAGCAAAGCACGUAUUGCACCGCAUCCCGCAUACGCUGCGCCCGACAUGCCUGCUCGGAUCCUGGAGUCAUAUGUCAACAAAGGCAUCAAGGCCGGUGCUGCUUCCCUCAUGGAACCUUCCGCUGUUGCGGAGACUAUCUUCACUAUCGCUAACCGUGGGGAGCGUAUCCCGCUGAGGUUGCCUUUGGGAGCGGUGUCGUGGAAGAUGGCGAAAGCUUCUCUGGAAGGACGAUUGGGAGAUCUGGAUAAGAUUAAGGGUGUGAGUGCUAUGGGGAAAGAGAUUUAA